AUGCCUAGUCCGGCUAAGAAACGCAAGAAUAAUGCCCCCGAAUCUUCUCCACAGCGCAUGCGGAGCAUCGAGUCCUUUUUCAGAGGACAAGCUACCAAGCGAGCGAAGACGGCUGCCAACCCCGCAGAACCUGUAUCUGAAUCGAAACAAGAGGUCUUGACGGAUGAGGAGCUUGCUCGAAAGUUGCAAGCAGAAUGGGAUCGAGAGGACAGAGCAGCGGCAUCAAGUGCCCAGCCUGCGGAGAGCGCUCAUCAAGCCGAACAGUUGAAGAGCAGCACACCACUUCCUGCUCCCGUGAAUGAUGUACGCGCCAAGUCGGAAGCGGUCCGAACGAAAGAAACGUUGUCUCUGCAAUCGUCUAUAGGGUCCGAAGAUACGAUUGUCUCGUCUAUUCCUUUCGACCAGAGCCCUCUGACAUUCGAACCAUCGAAAUAUGUGGACGAGCUUCAGAGACAUUGGGCCUCAGACGGUGGCGAUGCAACAUACGCUCUCUUGACGAGAGGCCAAGGACUCAAAACGCUAUACGACAAGCAUGGCGAUGCCGGUGACGUCGCUUUCGAGGCAAAGAAGCGACAGAGCUUCACACUAAAGAGACCAAAACCGCUUACAAUCAAGGGGGUGUAUCAGUCAUUGAUGAAAAUUGCCAAGAGUAAGGGGCCUGGAAGUCAGGAAAGCAAACAACGCAUUGUUGAGAAACUGCUUCAAGAUAGCCGAGGAGCUGAAGAGAGUCGCUAUAUUGUGAGAAUUCUUGUACAGAACUUGCGCAUCGGGGCAGUAAAGACAACCAUGUUGAUCGCGCUCGCACGAGCCUUUCUGUUCUCGAAGCCAAAGGGCGCAGAAUUUACCGUUCGUUCUCCCCAGGAACUUUCGAGAUUGAAGAAGGAAGAACUUGCCGACGUCUACAGUAAGGCUGAGGAGAUUGUCAAAGCAUCCUAUGCCCGCCAUCCCAAUUAUGAUGAUCUUGUUCCGUGUCUCCUGGAGAUAGGAGUGACGGAAGAGCUGUUGGUGCGAUGCGGGCUCACGCUGCAUGUGCCUCUCAGACCUAUGCUCGGCAGCAUCACCCGUGAUCUCUCGGACAUGUUGACUAAACUGCAAGGGAGAGACUUUGCUUGCGAAUACAAAUAUGACGGACAACGCGCACAAGUUCAUUGCGAUGAGAAAGGCAAAGUGUCCAUAUUUUCUCGUCAUUUGGAACUGAUGACCGACAAGUAUCCAGACCUGGUCUCUCUGGUACCUGCGAUUCGGGGAGAGUCAGUUUCCAGUUUCAUUCUGGAGGGUGAAGUGGUUGCCGUCGAUCCCGAUUCUGGAGAGCUCAAAUCCUUCCAGAUUCUCACGAAUCGUGCGAAAAAGAACGUCGAGCUUGGAAGUAUCAAGGUGAAUGUUUGCCUUUUUGCUUUCGACUUGAUGUAUCUAAAUGGAGAGCCUCUAUUGGAUAGACCUUUCCGGGAACGGAGAGAGCUGCUUCGAAGCCUAUUUACAGAGAUUCCAAACCGGUUUACCUGGGUGAAGAGCCUGGACGCGACAUCAGCUGAUUCAGAUGCUGUUCUGGAAUUCUUUAAGGGCGCAACUGAAGCUAAAUGCGAGGGGAUCAUGGUCAAAGUUCUCGACAACGUAGCGAAGUCGGAACCAGACAAGAGUGUGGGGAUAAGCUAUGAGCGAGAAGAAAUGGAGCAGGAAGUGUUGGAAUCUGAGCAGAAUGGCCAGGAUGGGCUCCAAAGUAUAAAAAGCGAGCCAAAAGAGAAAGUAUCCCGGCGCAAACCCCUUUUAGCUACAUACGAACCUGACAAGCGUCUGGAGUCUUGGCUUAAGGUCAAAAAGGAUUACAGUACAUCCUCUGAUACGCUCGACUUGAUCCCUAUCGGAGCGUGGCAUGGCCAAGGUCGAAAAGCCAAGUGGUGGUCACCCAUUCUCAUGGCCGUCCGCAACCCGGAAACGGGGGUCCUCGAGGCGGUUACGAAGUGUAUGUCUGGCUUCACGGACAAAUUCUAUCAGGCCAACAAGGAAAAGUACUCUGAGGGCGGGGAGAACGUGAUCUCGCGGCCGAGUUAUGUGGAAUAUGCAGGAGAACCGGACGUAUGGUUCGAACCCCAGGAAGUCUGGGAGAUGGCCUUUGCAGAUAUCACGCUCAGUCCUACCUACACAGCAGCCAUUGGUCUCGUGAGUGAUGAGAGGGGGCUCAGCCUGCGCUUUCCACGCUUCCUCAGGGUCCGGGAGGACAAAUCCAUCGAUGAAGCUAGCACAUCCGAUGAUCUGGCAGCACUAUGGAGGAAACAGGUCGAGCGUUCAAAGAUGGAGGAAGUCCACCAGGUGGCGGAUGAAGACGAGAAGCUAGGCUGGCAGGAAGAUUGA